AAAUAGUUGCGAUUUGUUGGCAAACGUUGGAUUUUCCUCAGUGAGUGCCAUGAAAAGUGGAAAAAAUUGACGAGAGAUGCAGCAAAGUGUUUAAUAACAAACGCUGGACCGACAAAAAAGCUGAAAAGAAGAAAAUAGAAGAAGUGAAAAAUUAAAAAAGUUGGUGAAAAAAAUUGUUUUUACGUUCCUACGCGUGUCUAGAUUUAUUUUUGACAAGAAAAAUUGAACAAAAAUAAAAAUAAACAUUUCGUCGACCCACAUUUCACAUGGAUUUGAAGGAAGAAGAGGCAGUGAAGAGCACGGAAAGUGACCCAACCACAGUUGCCUUGCCGGAUACGACGGAUUCGCUGAAUGAAGCCAUCGAAUUCGAGCCAUUGACGUCAACUUUGCUCGUGCAGCAGAUCCAAGCGCAGCUGAAUGCCGAUUCAACAGAGGCUGGAACAUCUGAAAGUGAAGAAAAAGAGGAAAAAUUAGCGGAUUCUCGGGAAAAACAAGGCGAGAGUGAUGCGAAUGAGAGUAAAAUCGAUGAAAAAACCGAACUUGAAAUUAGUAGCGCACAAAGUGUCGAGGCAGUCGUAACGCAGUUCAGCGAAAAAUCACACAAAAAUAAUAAUAACGAUGAUGAAUAUAAAAAUAAAAAUUUAAAAGUGGCAGAAAAAGAAGGAAACGACGACAGUAGCAAAGAUAUUUUAGAAUAUUUGGUCACUUUUUCCGAUUCUGCGGACAAAAAAGCAUCAUCGGACCACAAGGAAUCCGAAUUAAGUGACAAGCCGCCGAUACCGCUGCCAACAUAUCUCUGGGAAGACGUGAAAAAGGCAAAGGAACAAGGUGCUUAUCCGUGGACCCAUUUGUACAAACGGAAACUCGACCCAGCAGAUGAUUUCUUAGUUUUUUCGACGUUUCCGAAGAAAUCCUCGCCCAAGACGCCCAAAAAGGUCCGAAUUCAAGAGGAAACGCUCCAAACCGGAAGUACGCCGAACCUUUACGAGCCAAUCGAGAAGCUGGAGACGACUUUUGAGAAGGAGGAGGCUCAAAAGGUCUCCUCGGAGCCCGCAGAGCCUGUUGCCUCGUCAUCAUCAUCGGCUGUUGAAGUGCCAGCAUCGCCAAAAAGCAUCUUAAAACGCAGCGGCGACCAUGAAACGGAAGAUUCACAAACAGUAGCAGCUGGAUCUUCCAAAACUCCGAAGCUGAAGGAACGUUUAAAGAGCUUCAAUGAGAAUAUUAAGACGUUUUCGGGCAAACAAAUGGAGAAAUUGGGCAAAGCCAAGGGACAUAUCAAAAAAAUCAAGUUGCCUCAUGGCAAAAAAUUGGAAUUUCAUGACAAACAGAAGAUUUUGCAUCUCAAAAGGUCACCAAAAUCGGCGAAACAUGAGUUUGUGUCGUACUUGGAGAAGCAAGAUAGUGACGUUUCAGUCGAAAUUGCAGUUUUAGAGGAUUCUCCAAGUAAUGCAAGAAAGAAUAUCGAGCAUGAACACGAAGAAAAGCCCGUUCCUGAUGAGAUAAUCGAACUAAACAAGGACAAUUUGGAGCCAAAAGAGGAAGAAGAUCAAGUUGUUCCAUCACACGAACCCCUGAAAGACGAAAAAUCUCAAGAAAUUCAAGAAUCUGAGCCUCUGAAGGAAGAAAACUCACAAGAAAUGCCCGUUUCUGAACCUCCCAAAGAGGAAAAAGCUGAAAUUCGUUCCUCAAUCGAUGACGAAGUUGAGUUAAACUUCACGGAACAAACCGUGCCGCAAAUUAUCGAGCCUCCAACGACUCCGGAUAAGAAAAUCCCGCCUCCAAAGGCUCCUCGGAAGCAAAAAGGUCACGUUUACGAAGAUAUUGAAGACACCUCGAGCGUUGUCCCGAUCGAUCCGCUCAUCCUCGACUUCAUGGGAGGCCCAAAAGACCUCAAAGAAUCAUUAAAAGUGCAAGAUCAGCUCAUUCUGAAGGAGUUAAAGCAGAAAUCUGAAGAAGAGGAAGACACAUUGAGUGCUUUGACGUCAGAAGUGAACCCAAAUAAAGCAGCUGCGUUACUUGCUCCAAUUUCUUCGAUCGAUUCGACGUCUUCCGACGAAGGUUUGGAGCGAAAAACGACACUUUCAGCCUUAAUUGAGGAAAGUGACACGGGAAUUAGUGAUGUUGAAGGCGAUGUGAAGGUCUCAAAGACACCUGUUGCUGCUCCUGUUACUGAAAUUCAAGUUUUGGAAGAGAAAAAGGAAGAAAUUCGUGUCGAAGAUGAGCCAGAAGUGCCUGAAUUGACACCGCUUCCUGAUGAAAAAGUCGAGGAAAUCGAAAAAUCUGAAACUGCUGAAGCUGAAAAUGAUGAAAAAGUCAAAGAAGACGUCGAACCAAAGCUCAAAGUGACAAUUCCCGAGCCAUCGUCGGAGAAAAUUGCAAGUCGAUGGUCAGCGAUGAGGUCUCCCAAUAAAUUCACUUCGAACGAAACUCCAAAGCGUUCCGCCUCCGUUGGAGCGUCGCCGCAUCAAAAGCCCAUCGCUCGAACACCCGCUGAGAGUCCCUACGUCGCUCAACCCGAGGUCCGAUGUGCCUGCCAGUACUUCCAAUGUGACUCUUUGCUCCCAGAACGCAUAAAUCCGGUUGGCUCGCGUCCCGCAUCUCGCGCAGGCGAUCGAAUUUCCGCAACGCGUGACAUCAGAGGCCUCGCAUCUAACGUUACAACCGACGAAAAACACGAUGACACAUGCCCGCAUGCCAACACGUUGCCAAAUCCGGUUCAAAAACCCGUUUUUAUGGCUGGCAAUCGUGCCCCAGCGACACAAACUUUGCCAAAAUCGUUCGGUAGUCAACGCAGCAUCGACGAAGUUCGCAUGUCACAUUCGUCGCUGCUAAAAAGAUAUCGACCUCAUACGGGAGGCGACACAAUUUCCAAUGCCCCGAGCACCCAACAAGAGGGAAAUCCACAUUUUGAGCAUUAUACAAUGUCCCGAUCGUCGUCGAGGGCUCGUUCGAUUCACGGAAGUCGCAGAAGUAUCGAUCGCUUUUCUGCCAGACCGCGUUUCGAGCGAACCGCAAGUGAUCAGGCGACAGAUCCGGAGUUGGAGGACAUGGAAUGGGAGGAAAAUCAUCGACAACCGGAAUUUGAAAAGGAGCCUGAAGUAGUUUUACCUCCAAAAACUGUCGAAAAACCUUCUCCAAAGCCUUUAACGUUGUCAUUAUCAUCAGAUUCGCAAGGAGGAACAGGAAAUCGUCGCGUUAUUUCAGGAAAUUCGAUGCCGAUGACAACUACAGUUGAAGUUACGCUUCCUUCGAUGUCCUUGCCUGUCAUGGAAAACAAAGAAAAUGAUGUUCCAAGAGUUGUUGAAGUAAUUCCGAAACAAGAUUUGUUCCCGACGAUGACUCCAGCGCCACGAAAAACGAAUAUCCCAACUGUAAAUGUUGAAAAACCGCCUCCAGCUGUUGAAAUUUCACCCGUAAAAGUUGAAAUUUCGGUUCCGGAACCCCCAAAAGUCGUCAAAAUCGAAGAAAAAAAGAAAGUUUCUCCAAAAGUUGAACGAAAAACGGAACAAAAACCUGAUCGUGAGAUGCCUCAUAUCACGGAAGCCAUUAGAGAUGCAAUUUUCGCUGCCAAUAUUUUAACUCCAAACACCCCAAAGCCCGCAGGAGUCGGAGAUAAGCUUACAGAUGACUUCCAACUCACCUCAGGAAUCGAUCGGAUGGAUCAUUAUCACACAUUACCUGCGAAAAAACGAGCGAUGCCCAGUCGAGCUCCCUCCGUAGAUGCCGCUAUGAGACAAAAACCCCCAAUUUCUGCCUUUGGAAGUCAAGUUACGUCCCAACCGAAUCUCUUUUCUCGUCCUCCAUUGCCGAAACAACGCUCGGAAGAGGAAAAAGUUGCUCCUGUGACGACAAUUCCUGUUGUUUCUGCUGAUGAUUCUGCUUUGGAAACGCGUUCUCGUCCAAUUUUCCGCAAUAAUCGACAAGUAGAACGCUCGAAAUCGUCGUCGUUGAUGCGAAAAUACGCCCCGAAGAAGUUGGAACAUCCCUUUGAACGUCCCCAGUCCGAAGCGAGAGAUUUUGGAACGAAAAUUGACGAUGCCUUUAUCGAAGAUGUGCUGAAACGGAGAGAAUCCUCAACAACAAUCGUUAAAACUGAGCCAUUGGAUGACAGAAAAAUUCGUCAAUCAUCACUUUUGAGGAAAUAUACGAAAAAUCGCAGCGAUUCGAAGGAUAGUGCGGAAGGCGUUGUCACAAUGGAUGUCUCUAACAGACUUUCUCCUAUCAUGUUUGGUAGUAAAGGUCGAAAUGUCAUUAAAGGCGAUCACGAGUACGAACCGAUUGGUCAACCCGAAGAUGCGAAGCCAUCACCGCCCUCUGCUGACGUCCAGAUGAGUGCACAAGAGUUCCAACUCCAUCUAGAGGAUAAAUUCUUCAAUAAUCAGGCUCAUGCUCACGCUCCGAACCCCGAAGUGGUCAUUACAGCGCCAUCUUUUGAUGAGAACAGCAAACCUGGCACAAGCACAGAGCCAGAAAAGCGUAAAAAAAGCUUCAUGGCAAGUGCGCAGGAACAAGGAAGGCUCUUCCAGCGUAAACUUUCGAGUCAAGCUGAUAAUUUAAAGACAAAAAUCAGCAACAUGAAGAAGCCAAAGCAAUCUGAGGGCGAAGUUGUCGAAGAAAUUGUCACGGAAGAGGUCGUUGUCGUCGAAUCGCCUGAAGCAGCGACAUCUGCUGAGGGAACUGGCACGAAAAAACGCUUCCAGAAACCAGAUUUCUCGAAAUUAAAGGGACACUUGCCUGAAUUCAAGCGUCCUGAGAUGCCAAAAUUGAAAAAACCGAAUUUCGAUAAGAUUAAGGCGAUGAAACGACCUACUUUGCCCGAUAUGCCGAAGGUUGACUUCAAUAAACAUCUUCAAAAUGUCAAAAAAUUAGGCAGAAGUAAGUCGAUGAAGGAAGAAAAGACGACAGAUGAACUGCCAGAGACAUCGAGACCCGUUUUGGAAGUCACCGAGAUCGAAGAAGAAGUCGUUACGACCACAGGAACAGUUCCGGCGAAGAAAAAACGCUUCGAUGUCGAAACUUUCCGCACAUAUCCUCGCAUGAUAACGAACAAAUUCAAAAAAUCCAAGAAACCAUCGUCGCCGGCGAAGAAAUUGACGCCAAUUUUGAAGCCCAGGCAAAGGAAGUAAAUUGAAGUCGAUUCCGAGAGCGGGCAAUUCACGGAAUACAACAAAGACAUCGAUUUGGAUCGAGAAACGUCAGUUGAGCGCCGCAUGCGGGUCCAUUUGGAGAAAGCAAUCGAAGAAUAUCGUCAAAUUGAGGAAGAAGAAACGAAAUUAGCUAAACAAGAAUCACUUCCGCGCAAGAAAAAAGGCAAAAAAGCCCUUCCGCAGCCCGAAUCCUUCGAUUCGCGUGACUUUGACUUCAACCAAAACGAAAUGGAUUCCGAAGGAGCAAGCAAGGCAAGCACCCAAGAGCUUCAGGACAUCAUAAAACGCUCCCAAAUUCGUCCUUUUGGUCGAACUGACACCCAAUCCCUCAAAAGUAGCGAUCGUCAAGGCGUUUUAGAAGAAAUUGACGACGAUCAAUUCUUUUUACGCAAAAAAGGCAUUUCCGAAGACAAUAUUCAGAUGGGUGAAUACAUCAGUUCAGCAAUUCGGGAAGGUUUGAUGGAUCCCGUUAACGUCCUUGCGCAAAUGGGCGAUCAGUACGACGACGAAUAUCAACUCGAUGAAGAGGAAAUGCGUUAUUUGGAAGAACUUCAGAAGCAAGGAAGCGAUUUCCAACUCGAACUUGAUGCCAAUUUGAUGCCUCACAAGCCCGGAAGACGUUCGCACACGAAAAAACAGUCCUCGGAUGAAAUUAGUGAUGAACAGAUGACAGCGCCGCAUAAAUGGACCCCCAUUAAGGACAUUGACGAAGACAGCAUCGAGAUCAGUCAUCGGGAUUUCAGUCGAUUUGUGCCGCCGACACCGCCGAGACGCAGGAAAAAGCGAACUGCGCCGUUGCCAAAAGCAGCUACGAAAGGCUUGAAUGGGUACGAAGAGCUGCCAGAUGUGCCGUCUCACAAAGAAGAGGUUAUUGUCUUCCGACAAAUGCAGCCGAACGCAAUACCAUUAGCCAAAGCAGAAAGUGGCGAGAGUUUUGUGCCCGUAGCUCCGAGGAGAUCACGUUCGCGCUCUCAUUCCGUGCUGAAGGAUGAGACGACCAAUUAUGCUGUCAUAAAGAAAGAUCCUCCGCCAAGACCUCCAGCGCCCCAACCACGUAGAAGUAAGUCGACACGAUCCCACGAACGCCCCUUCAACACGAUGCCACACUUGAAAUCGAACGAAGAAACGAAGCCGGAACGUCCUGCGAGAAAUUACAGCACAAUUGUACCCGAUAGGCCUCCCCGCAGACCAAUUUCAGAUAUCGAACAGUCUCGCACAACGCCGUAUGAGGAAAUUUCGGACACAAGCAACGAUGACAUUGUCAAAAAAUUACAAUCUGGCGAGGUUUUGAGCAAAAUGAAAGAUCGCCCAUUACCUGCGCCUCCAAGACCAACACGCUCAAAGUCCCGUAAAUCCGAGGAACCGCAACAAAAGUCAUCACAAGACGAUCCAGAUGAUCAUCCCGAUGAUAAUAACGACGACAAAGGAGGCAGUGCUGUUCGCGCAUCAGUACGUGGCGUGCUUGAAACUGCCGAUAGCUUUACCUCAAACGAAUAUAGAGUCGAAGAAAUUGACGCUUCGUGUCAAACUGAUCCACUGCCAGACGAUUUUCAGCUCGAAGAAUUGGAAAUUACGGAAGAUAUGCGAACAAUAACGCCCACGAUGUAUCGCGAAGCUCGCGCGGCGCCGCAUAGUUGUGUCGCCGAGAGAUUUUCGCGACCCGAAACGCCCUCAAUUGAGCAGGAAUUGCAGAGAAUUCGCGAUGGAAGACCCGCAUCAAGACAUUCACACACAACUGCUGCCUCGAGAACGCCAUCUCGACCAACGACGCCUGCCUUAGUGUAUGUCGAACGUAAAAUAACGACGCCCUUGUUCGAUAAUAGUGCCCAAGUCGAAGCCAGUUUGACGGCGCAUCAAGUCGAAAUUGACUUUGACGAGGAAACGGGCAAUGUGAUAAUUAUGGGAAUUGUUGAUGAAAAGCAAAAACCCUCGGAACAGCAGAAAAAACGCGAAGACGAGGAGCAAAAAGAGCUUGAACUCUUGAAAUCCAUCGAAGAUGAGAUCAUUCGAGAUGUUCUGUCGGACGAACCAAAAGAACCUCAAGCGAAAUCCCAUCACGAACACAAAACCGAAGCACAAUCCGAGCCAGUUCCCGUCGAAGAACCCCUUUUCGAAGCAGUUCGUGCCCCAAUUCGACCCCAACCCGUCAUUCAAUCGCCUCCCGUUGAGCAUGAGCCUGAAAUUCAACCGUCAGCAAUCGUUACGCCGCAAGCCCUGCAACAACUUUCGACGCCCGAACAACCCUUGCACUUGUCGAAUCUCUCCGUCGAUCGUUUGAGCGUCACAGAUCUGCAAGCCAGUAAGAUUUCUGUUUCAGAAUUAGACAGUUCGACAAUUAAUUCACGUGAAAUUCAGUGUCAAUCAGGCAACCUGAACAUGAGGAGCCUCGAGAUACCGCCGGGAGUCAUUGAAGAAAUUGUCGAUCGUGUUCAAAGGAUAACGCAAGCAGGUCGACACUCCCCAAUUUCAACGCCGCCCGCAAGUUUCUACGAAUUACAAAAUCCUGUAGCGCCGCCUCGUCGCCCAAAACCGCAAAAUACGCAAGAAACUCAACAACCGCCUUCGAUUCUUUCACUCACAGGCCAAUUGGCAAGCGCUUGCGGCUCCGAAUUGCAACGACACGGCAGUAACUUUGUGAAUUAUUUGCAAUCCUUUAGAAAAGCCGAAAAUCGACAGGAUAGGAAUUUUGUGCUUUUUAUCCUUAUCAUUAUCAUUGCUGGCUUAUUUAUGAUCGGCAUGGAUCGCUCCGCGGCAGAUCGAACAGUCCAUCAUCACCAUUGGGAUUUCUUUAAUCCGCCCAAAAAUGGAGAAAAAUAAGCUUUUUUUUCGAGAAAAAUUCGCCAAUCGUGCCUUUUUAACACUUUUUAACACAACACGCACAUUUCUCCCCCUGUGUCACUUAAUCUUUUUUUUUUCAUGUCAGCAACCCAGAAUUGACUUAGAAAUAUUUUUAAUACAAUAGCGCUAAUUAACGUAUACCCCAAUUUCUAAAAUAAUUAUGCAACCCGCACCAUUACAUCACAUAAUAUAUAGGAAAAAAUUAAAAAAAAAAUUAUCAUGCAUUUGUGAGAUUCACAAGA